AUGUCUUCGGGCCUCAGUUACUUCUCAAGAGCUACGGGAAGCAGUGGCUCCUGCACACAUUCAAUCAGCAGCGAUGAUUCCUGGUCUCGUCACAGUGGUAUUUUACCCCCACAACCGCCAGUGUACGGGACUCCCGGCGAAGCCCCCGUGAUCUACCAUCCAAGCGCCAGAAGGUUCUCCCCUCCACACCCUGAGCGGGGUCCCAUAGACACCCAGGCUGCUGCCACGAGAGGCCCAAAGCAAGUUUCACCGGACUUUCCUAUGCCCUACAGCGGAAUACCAGUGACCACCCUGCCACAUGCACUGGGGAGCAUUCCCGUGUCGUCAGGAGGCCCAUUGCCACGACCUGCCGCUCUUUAUCCCGAAUGGGACCACCCUGCUCGCUUCCCAGCGGAAUCUCUCCGGCGUGAUUAUGAAUUUACCCGACCUUAUGAGACCCCAGAGUACCUGGUUGAGAGAAACAGCCGACGUACUGCGGAGAAGGCCAAAGGCACAACCCGCUAUCACUCCCAAAGACGACCGUCUAACCGGGAUGAGUUUGAUGGACCCCACCAAUUGCUCGAUCCUCCUUCUCCGCGUGUCAUAGCAGCGCAAGGAAGGGAUUUGCCUCAUCUGCCUACUAAUCUUGAUGUCUCAGAACAAGAUCAAAUUCUGACCUCGGUGAAUGACCGACUGUCACAAUGCGCAUUUGACUUCGUUGCCAAGUAUCAGUUCCCUAUCCCGCUGGAACCGGAUAAGAGACAGGUGAGGGUUCCCUCAGACCGUGAGUGGACUGAAUGGGUAUAUCUUCUUAAGAGACUGGCGACCAAGCGUCGCAUCCCAGCCCGGGUCUUGUAUAAUGGUCAGAUCAAGCAACUAGUCACGGUGUUGGAGAACUCCCUGGAAAUGAGACAUGCGGCCAAGCAUCAGUCUAGGCCCAUCAAAGAUGAUCGAAACGUACUCCAACUUGUUUCAGCUGGUACGCAGGUGGCGAAGAUUUUGAAGGAUGCCAGUGCCAUGGAAUACCUUGACCGCCUCUAUGUUGACACGGAAAAACGCAUUCAAGAUCGGCGCAGUCGUCGAGUGAAGUUUGCCAGUCCCUGA